AAAUUAGGCACCUUUUUAUUCUGCGGUCACAACAAACGCACAGGACGACACUGUACGGAUGUAUAUACAGACACAUAUAAAGCUGUGUGGCAUCAAGUUAAUCUCCCUCCGGCAUCCAAUUCAGCUACCGAUCAAACUCAUAUACAUCCCAACUUCCAUUCAACUUAGUGUCUCAAUGGAUCAGAUUUUGAUCUGAAUUCGUUCAGUAGCUACUUGAACUUGACAUCCGAUAAGAUAACUAUUUCGAUAUGGAUUUUGUCGUAAAUUGACGGAUUAUUGAAUGGAGUCGUGUCAGUAUAAUUUUAGUGGCGACAGAGUUUGGGAUUUCCUGUUCAUUGACAUGCCUAGAUUCAACUACCAUUCUUUGCUUCUUUAGAACCGUUCAUAGUUAUUGUUGCUUUCAACUCUCGAACAUAUAUCCCAAAAUAAAUGUUUGAGAUGGAUAGCACCCUAUUCUAUUGGCUCUUCCGUGACUUAAUUCUCGUCAAGAAAUACGCGAAAUGGCGGACUCCGAGCACUCUUCUUCGGAUGACACACACUCGGACUCUCGAGAGAAAAGCACAGAAAAAUCUGAGCUUCAAUUCUCCCAGGAUGAGGAAGCCCUUAUCAUAAGAAUGUACAAUCUAGUAGGGGAGAGGUGGGCUUUGAUUGCCGGGAGGAUUCCGGGGAGAACAGCAGAAGAAAUUGAGAAGUAUUGGACCUCUACAUACUCAACUAGUCAAUAAACAAGGUGGUCAGCUGGUUGUUUCAUGUGUAUCCAAAAUAUUUACUCCUUGUCCUGUAAAUUUACUACCUACGUUCAAAAGAAAUCUUCGUGUAUCA